CUGACUGGACCUGACAGGCAGAGAAAAAGGCCGGAGAGAGGCGAGGAAAGUCCUGAAACAUUUUGCUUUACUCGCUGUUUGAUGUUGUUAGCACUGACAGCUGUAGAUCGAGGAACUGUCAUCUGUAACUGGAUUAUUCUUGCAAUGCAAUGGCAACCGCUUUGAAGAAACUGUUUUAUUUUGGGCCAUAAAUCUAGAUCACACUGCACCCAAAACCUUUAAAGAACAUUAAGAGUGCUAGAGCGCUGGCUUUGACUGUUUUUCUUCUUCCAACUUUGGAGAGCAGCAGGUGUUAUGGAUCUACAGCAUUUCCUGAGCUGCAGAGUUGCCCUGCUGCUUCUCUUGAUGCCAUGUGGGCUCCACUGUAUGUCAGUGCACAUCCUCAAUGAGGCGCCCACAUAUGCCAUCCCCGGUUCCAAGCUGGUCCUGAAAGCCCGCAUAGAGCCUGGCCCCCUGGAGGAGAUCUCUGCAGUGACCUGGGAACGGGAGCCUGAAUCUGGAGUCCCUCUUAUCAAAGAGGUUCUGGCCUUGUGCCAGGGCAAAAGCUCCAAGUGUGCUGGUACAAGGCCAAACAUCCAUGGAAGUAUGCAGCAGCAGGAGACGACACUCCAGAUUAAUGAAUACAGCAGCACAGACAGCGGCGUGUACACUUUGACGGUGAUGGAUCACAGAAACGUCAACACCACGGCACACUGCAUCGUCAGGAUGUAUGAAGCGGUGCACCAUGUCUCCGUCAGCAUCAACGUGUCUCACUCCUCACUGGUUUGUGGCGAGGCCUGGGGGACGGAGCCACACUUCAGCUGGCUACAUGAGAGAGUUGCCAUCACUCAGACUGUGGGGACGGUCUCUAAAGAUGGAACGACGCUGUUUGUGACCAUGAAGCCUUUCUGUGGACACUUCACCUGCAUGGUCAGCAACAAGCUGGGCCACAGUACUGCCACCUACACUGCAGCACCUUGUGAGACAGAGGGCAGAGGGACGGUGGCGGUCGUGGUGUGUCUCGUGCUCCUGCUGCUGGUCGCAGGAGUGCUGGCAUUUCUGCUGUGGAGGAAGCACAGGCACAAUAACAGGGGGGAGAGGCUGCAGGAACAUUUGGAUGACGACAUCUGAAAGACGACCAAAGACGCACGUCUGCUACUCAAAGGCCUCAGGGAGGAGACCAGGAAAUGGACAAAGCUGUGAGGGAGGAACUUCCUGGCCUGUGAGCAGUAUGACCUUACACUGAAACAAUGUGAAGAGUGAACUGCUUACAGGCAAAUAUGAUCAGAUAACUUUAAAUGGUUGUUUAGCUUGAUGAGCAAGCGUUAUCUUUGCACUGCCUCCUGCUGGACUGCACCUGUUGCUGUGUGAUGAAUUAAAGCCUCUGGAAAUCUGUGAAAAAGUAUUCGCCCUCUUCCUAAUUUCUUAUUUUCUUGCAUAUUUGUCUCGCUUAAAUGUUUCAGACCCUGAAACACAUUUUAGUAUUAGACAAAGGUAACUCAAGUAAAUACAAAAUGCAGUUUUUAAAUAAUGAUUUCCCUUAUUAUGGGAAAAAGCCAUUCAAACCUCCCUGUCCCUAUGUGUAAAAGUAACAUCCCCUUAAACCUAAUAACUGGUUGUGCCACCCUUGGCGGCAACAACUGCAAGCAAGCUUGUGACAACCGAGUCUUUAACAUCACUGUGGAGGAAUUUUGGCCUACUCAUCUUGGCAGAAUUUUUUUAAAUUCAGCCUUGUUAGGGGUUUUUGAGCAUGAAUGGGCUGUUUAAGGUCAUGGCACAACAGCUCAACUGAAUUUAAGUCCAGUCUUUGACUAGGCCACUCCAAAACCUUCCUUUAUUCUUCAAUCCACUCCGAUCAUUGUCCUGCUGCAUAACCCAAGUGUUCCUAAGUAUGAGGUCAUGAAUCAAUGGCCAGACAUUCUCCUUCAAGAUUUUCUGGUCUAGAGCAGAAUUCAUGGUUCCAUCAAUUAUGGCAAGAAGCCCAGGACCUGAAGCAGCAAAGUAGCCCCAUACUAUCACUCUACCACCACCAUGUUUGACUGUUGGUAUGAUGUUCUUUCAUUGAAACUCUGUGUUAGUUUUACUCCAGAUGUAGAUGCACACCUUCCAGAAAGUUCAGCUUCUGUUCUCGUCAGUCCAGAACAUUUUCCUAAAAAUCUUGGGGAUCAUCAGGGUGGUUUUUUUUGGGAAAUGUGAGAUGAGCCUUUGCACUCUUUUUGGUCAGUAGUGCUUUAGGCCUUGGAAAUCUUCCAUUUUUACCCAGUCUCUUUCUUAUUGUUGAAUCAUGAACCUAAACUGAGUCAAGUGAGGCCUGCAGGUCUCCUGGAUGAGUCGUCAAUACGCUCUUGGAGUAAUUUUGGUGGGCAGGCCACUCCUGGGAAGGUUCAAGUUUUCUCCAGCGAACCAUUGUGGAUAAUGGCUCUCACAAUGGUUCGCUUUCAUUUGAGUCCCAAAGCCAUAGAAAUAGUUUUGUAAUGCUUUUGAGACUGCUAGAUGUCAACAACUUUGUUUCUCAUCUUUUUCUAGAUUUUGGCAUGAUGCAUUGUUUUUUGAGAGCUUUUUUAACCUACUUCACUUUGUCAGACACAUUCUAUUAAAGCGAUUUUUAUUCAGCAGGUCUAACAGUAACUGGUCUGUAUGAGGCUGGCGAAAUUGAACUUUCCUGAAAAAAUGUGGUUAAUCACUGUGGAUUCAUGAUUUAUAAGUACAUUUUGAUGGAUUUUUUCCCUAAAAAAAUAAUUUAAAAAAUAUCUUGUAUUUACUCAGGCUAUUUAAAUUUGUUUGAUGAUCUGAAACAUUUCUGUGUGACAAGUAUACAAAUAAAGAAAUCAGGAAGGGGGCAAAUAUUUUAUCAUGGGACUGUAUAAUCUGCAACUUUCUGAGUAGAUUUCUGGUCAGUGUUGCACUUAAGUACCAGUGUCUCAGACCAAAACAAAGCUGUCCCUCAGAGUACUACUUCCACCCCUCCCUCAGUCAGUACAUUUACAUGCACGGUAAAAACAAGUUGGUUAAAAUUUAGUCAGGCGGUGGUUUCAGUAUUCAUGCACAGUGGAAGAACUGAUUUAAUGACUGGAGUAUGUCUGACUCUGCAACUGGAGGUAGUGAUGUGCACCUUUUCAGUUACCAUGGACCUUCUGAUUGACCCUGCUAACCAUUCUCUCAAAACUGUGUAGGAUCAGUCGAGUUAACAUUUUAACUUUGCUUAGAAGAGCAUGUGGGAGAGGGGUAAUGUUGCAUUUAACUGCUGGUGUCAAUGUGAAAACAUUCAUUUGUCUCUUAUAUGCUCACUCUUUUAUACAAAAACACAUAUUACAGAGAACAGGAAUACUCCAAUGAUUUUUAUUUCCAGAGGCUUUAAGAAAACAUUUUGUAUAUACUGCACUUUGCAUCUAAACCUACUUUAUUUGCUGUAUUGCAUUAAUAAUAAAAUCCCUUCAAAAAUGUG